AAAAGUAAUGAGGGGUGAACUAAGGCUUUGGCUUUCAGUGAGCAAACAUUGCUUCUCUCUCUCUACUUCUCUCUCUCUACCAUGCAAAGGCAAUCUCUAGGUUCACCAGUUUCCAAGCUCCACGGCCAUGGCGCCGGAGCAAAGUCCGAUGAGGAUCCGGCCGACGAUCAAAAGCGCAAGAAGCACUCUCCAUCUUCUUCCUCAAUUCUCAACUACGGCGGACAAGACGACGAUAAAUCCUCUAAAUCUUUCCGAUUCUCAUUUCCCUCGCCUUCUCCUCCGCGCCAAGAGAAGUUAGUUCACGCCAUACCUAUUCUCACCAUUAUCUGCUUCCUCAUACUUUACAUCUUCUCGCACAGUCCUUCGCAGUCAGAUUUGGCGCAGUUUCACGGAUUCAAGCAUCCUUCACAACAAUUAGCAGAAAUCAAAGCCGAUGGAGACGAACUUAUUCUUCCCAAGAAAGGCAACAUUCUAGCGAUUCAAAGUUUCCGUAACCUAAAAGAGAUUGAAAAAUCAUACUCUCUUAAAUCUCGCCCUCCGCGGAAACUCGCCGAUUUCUAAACUCUCUGCAUUUCCAUUUAUCUGACCUUCCGGUAAACUCUCACGAACUUCGUUUCCGCCGUGCGGAUUCACUCACCGGCGCGUGUGCAUCCAUAACUUUUUUCUUUCCAACGCCUCCUGUACAUCAAAUAAUCCGUCAGAUCAUUAAAUUGUUUUUUAUUUAUUUUUUCUUUCGCUUUUACUAUUUUUUUGUUCGCCUCUGCAUACGCCGGCGGCGCUUAUGUAACAUCCGACGAGAUACUCUCAAUUUAAUCUAAACAAAGAAUGAACAUAAUUUAUCAGCAUUAGAUCAGUGAGCAGAAUCACUAAUCAACGCGCUAUAUUUUCGGCGGAUGUGGAGCGCGUGAAGGCCGGCACCGGCGCGGCGGAGAUGGAAAUGGAAUCCAGCUGGAAUAUAUAUUUAUCACUUAUCAUUUAUUUUUCGACUUUCCGAAUCGGACCGUUACGGCAUUGGGAGAAGGACCUCAAGAUGCCAGCUGGAAAAAAAUGAAAGAGUCGCUGACGGUAUCAGGUUCUUUCUUUCUUGUAUAUUUAUUCUUAGGCCCUCCAUCUAUUGCCUAUUUAUUUUCAUUUAAUUUACUUCUUCUUGGCCUCUCU